ACUUUUUUUCAGUGCCCUCUUCUUGUUUAAAUGAAUAAAAUAAAAAAAUGUUUUCAACACGUCGCGUUACUUUGCGUUAAAUGUCUGCGAAAAUUCUGCUUGCGCAUUUUCACUUCCGAUCAUUUGCAGCGCGAUAAUUCGUUUAAUUGAGAAUCAAACGGUUUUCUCUGUUCGGAAUUAAGUCUCGUCAGUCUCGCGCGCGGCCUGGUUUCGCCGCGUUAAAUUCGAUCGUCCUCGGUCGAAUGAAUCAUCGAGCUUUAAAUCGCGUUUUCCCAUCGUCGACGUUGUCGAUACACAUCCGGCAGCGGACUGCGACAGCGGAAAAGUCGAAUCCGCCCGGGAAGCACACACGCAGGCAAGAUCGCACAAUAGAUAUUCGUUUCCCCCGGCGACGCGUCGUCCCUAUCUUUCCCCGGUCGUAGCAGGAUUCUGUGAUUAAGUCGACGGUAUCGGGUAUCGUUAGAGUCGGGUAUCGUCGCGCAGCUCUUUUAUAUCGCAUUACAAUAUCCGCGCGACGACGGACGGUAUGCAGAGACGGUAUGUCACAGACUCCCGCUGCAUGCAGGGAAGAUCGUCCGCCCGUCGAUGACGCAACUCUUCAGCGGCGCAAAGGUGAAGCGAUAAUAUGUUAUCAAUGCAACAGCGAGUACGACCCCAGAUGUGGCGAUCCAUUCGAUUCAUACAGUUUGGGGACUGUGAAUUGCAGCUUUCAGCCACGUCUGGAGCACCUCAGCCACUUAGAGCCUACACUUUGCCGGAAAAUCACUCAAAAAGUGUACGGCAAGGUGAGGGUCGUUCGCAGCUGCGGCUACAUCACGGACGAGAAGGACAACGGCGAGUGCCUUAUGAGGAGCGGCACCCACGAUGUGCGCGCUUUCUAUUGCUCGUGCACCAGUGAUCUGUGCAACUCCGUCGAGAGUCUCCGCACGCCGUCCCUACUGCCACUGGCGUCCCUCCUGACUGCCGUACUGGCGACACCGAGCCUGCUCCUAUCGUGCCCGACCGCGCCGCCUCGUAUCUCCCUCUCGACAGCCUAAUUCUGCCUAAUCGCACCCUGAGAAUCCGUGAGAAUCCACUUGCCACCCUCGGCCCGUCGUCGCGCCGCACGGACCGUUCGCAUACACCAGGACCCACCCCAUUCCGCUCCGUUACACCGGUCGAUCAGACGUCCUAGUUGAGCGUUAUAGUCAAUUUCUCUAGGCGAACUGCGGUUUGCAAGGAGAUCGCGAGAAGGUCGCGAAAGAAUGGCUGUAUCGUUAGCCGUUCCGAUUUUCAGCCUGUAAUCACUAGUUUUCGGCCUAAUUAAAUCGCGUCAGACAGUGCACUAGGAAAAAUGUUUUUUUUUUGUUGUUGUAACAAUAAAUAAUUUGAUUAAGAUGUACCGAACAAAACGGUUUGGUUUGUACAAGAAAAAAAAGAAAACAGUUUCGCUAAAGUAUUUAAAUCUGUAUUCAGCUUUAGCUGAAUACAGAUCGGAAAAUAAUUUUGUUAAAUUGUAAAAAUUAUUAUGUAGGACGCUCAAGCUGAUU